UCCUGCUCAGUCCUGAAAAGUGAGCCGCUCCCGGGUUUGCAACCUCAAGCUUCGCAGCGGCGGCGGCGGCAGCCGGGAAGGAGGCAGGUGCGGGUGCAGGAGGGAGGCGGCUCUGCGCUCCGCGCCUGGGUCUCGGCCAUGGCCUCAGUCCUGGGGAGCGGCAGAGGCUCUGGAGGGCUGAGCAGUCAACUCAAAUGCAAGUCCAAGAGGAGGAGGAGGCGGAGGUCCAAGCGGAAAGAUAAAGUAAGCAUAUUGUCAACCUUCCUCACUCCCUUCAAGCACCUGAGUCCUGGCACCACAAACACGGAGGAUGAAGACACCCUAAGUACCAGCAGCGCGGAGGUGAAGGAGAACCGAAAUGUGGGCAACCUGGCCGCGCGGCCACCGCCCCUGGGGGACCGGGCCCGGGGCGGUGCCCCUGGUGCGAAGAGGAAGCGGCCGCUGGAGGAGGGGAAUAGAGGACACUUGUGCAAACUGCAGCUGGUCUGGAAGAAGCUGUCCUGGUCGGUGGCGCCCAAGAACGCGCUGGUGCAGCUGCACGAGCUGAGGCCGGGCCUGCAGUACCGGACAGUGUCGCAGACGGGCCCGGUGCACGCCCCGGUCUUCGCGGUAGCCGUGGAGGUGAACGGGCUCACGUUCGAGGGCACGGGCCCCACCAAGAAGAAGGCCAAGAUGCGCGCGGCCGAGCUGGCGCUCAGGUCCUUCGUGCAGUUCCCCAACGCCUGCCAGGCGCAUCUGGCCAUGGGCGGUGGCCCGGGCCCUGGCACGGACUUCACCUCUGACCAGGCGGAUUUCCCCGACACGCUCUUCCAGGAGUUCGAGCCCCCGGCGCCACGCCCCGGUCUCUCGGGAGGCCGCCCCGGGGACGCCGCGCUUCUGUCCGCGGCCUACGGGCGACGGCGGCUGCUGUGCCGCGCGCUGGACCUGGUGGGCCCGACCCCCGCGACCCCCGCGGCCCCUGGUGAGCGCAAUCCCGUGGUGCUGCUGAACCGCCUGCGCGCUGGGCUGCGCUACGUGUGUCUGGCGGAACCCGCUGAGCGGCGGGCGCGGAGCUUCGUGAUGGCCGUGAGCGUGGAUGGCAGGACGUUCGAGGGCUCGGGGCGCAGCAAGAAGCUGGCCCGGGGUCAGGCCGCGCAGGCCGCGCUGCAGGCGCUUUUCGACAUCCAGAUGCCGGGCCACGCACCCGGCAGGGCCAGGAGGACGCCAAUGCCGCAGGAAUUCGCAGACUCCAUAUCCCAGCUGGUCACACAGAAGUUCCGCGAGGUGACGAUGGACCUCACGCCCAUGCAUGCCCGCCACAAAGCUGUGGCAGGAAUCGUCAUGACCAAAGGACUGGACGCUCGGCAAGCACAGGUCGUGGCCCUGUCGUCGGGGACCAAGUGCAUCAGCGGCGAGCACCUCAGUGACCAGGGGCUGGUGGUGAAUGACUGUCACGCGGAGGUGGUGGCCCGGCGGGCGUUCCUGCACUUUCUCUACACGCAACUGGAGCUGCACCUGAGCAAGCGGCGCGAGGACUCGGAGCGAUCAAUAUUUGUGCGGUUAAAAGAAGGCGGCUACCGGCUGCGGGAAAACAUCCUCUUCCAUCUCUACGUGAGCACCUCCCCCUGCGGAGACGCAAGACUCCACUCUCCCCACGAGAUCACCACCGACCUGCACAGCAGCAAACACCUCGUCAGGAAGUUCCGCGGGCACCUGCGCACCAAGAUCGAGUCCGGGGAAGGGACAGUCCCCGUGCGUGGCCCCAGCGCAGUGCAGACCUGGGACGGCGUCCUGCUGGGGGAGCAGCUGAUCACCAUGUCAUGCACGGACAAGAUUGCCAGGUGGAACGUCCUGGGGCUGCAGGGCGCGCUCCUGUCCCACUUCGUGGAGCCCGUGUACCUGCAGAGCAUCGUGGUGGGCAGCCUGCACCACACGGGCCACCUCGCACGCGUCCUGAGCCACCGCAUGGAGGGUGUCGGCCAGCUGCCCGCCUCCUACCGGCACAACCGGCCUCUCCUCAGCGGCGUGAGUGACGCCGAGGCACGCCAGCCGGGGAAGUCGCCCCCCUUCAGCGUGAACUGGGUCGUGGGCAGCGUGGACCUGGAGAUUAUCAACACCACCACGGGGCGGAGGAGCUGCGGGGGCCCCUCCCGGCUCUGCAAGCACGUGCUGUCUGCGCGGUGGGCGCGGCUGUACGGCAGGCUGAGCACACGGACACCCAGCCCCGGAGACACGCCCUCCAUGUACUGUGAGGCCAAGCUGGGGGCGCACACCUACCAGUCUGUGAAACAGCAGCUGUUCAAGGCCUUUCAGAAGGCUGGCCUGGGCACCUGGGUGAGGAAGCCGCCAGAGCAGCAGCAGUUUCUACUGACUCUCUAGGCUGCGGGCUCCUGGCUGCUGGAGCUGAGCGGGACGUUGGAGGGACGGGGCCGUGUCUGGGGAGCGACGCAGCGGGUUGGCCGGUUCCCUGCAUUCGUUUUCCUUUGAUGUUCCAGAAACACGCGAGUGUGCAAUGUUUGGACAAGCAACCAGACUGGAAUUCAGAAUAUGCCUCUUCCCAGAUCGCUGGCCCCAGAACCCUGUCCCCCACACCCAGGGGCACAGGUACUGUUGAGGUAGCACCAACUCUUCCUGUGGCGUCCGAGGGAGGGGCUCCAUUCAGGCAAGGAGGCUUAGCUGCGGCCUUGGAAGGAGGCACCGACGCGACGUCAGGCAGGAGUGAGCCUCAGGCCCCGUCCCUGCACCCCACUCCUGUGUGCGCCUCUCGGCGCUGUUGGGGUCUAACAAGCACAGCUUUAGGGGGCACAUGAAGAUAAGCCACAAGCGAAGAGAAAAGCCAUGCCCACCUCAGCCCCAGAGAAACCAAUAAGAAUCCUCUAUUAUUUUCAUUAUGCAUUUAGGUUUUUAUACUCCACCUCCUUUCAAAAAAUAUUUAAGAUGCACGACAUUACCGAACACCUAAAAUAGAACCAGAGAAACAAAAGCCAUUCCCGCAAAGUGAAGGAACAGGUCCCAAAGCCCCCCUGAGGCAGAGUUAAGACCUGUGAUGUGGGGAGCCUGGAAACACCUGGCCCACUCGCGCUGUAGAGGUGGGGAGCCUGGAAACACCCAGCCCAGGCGUGCUGCAGAGGUGGGGAGCCUGGAAACACCCAGCCCACACACACUGCAAA